AUGGAGCAGAAUUAUGCAGACCCAGAACUGGAAAAAGGAGCCAGAAAAACCACCAGCAUCGUUCAGCCUGAAGUCAUGGUGGAACGGCCUAGAUGGAGAAUGCUACAAGAGUGUAAAGAGAAGCCCUGCAAGGGGCUAUGCCCGCACUGGGAAGCCCAAUGGCAGGAUUUCUUGAAGGGUCUGGAUUCCUCUCAUGCAGGGUGGAGGAAGGAAUCUAGCCCCUGGGAGGAUGCCAAGGCCUUCCUGGCCUCCUUUGAGCAAGUGGCAAAAGCCUGCCAAUGGCCCAGGGAAAAGUGGGCAGCCCGGCUCCUGCCAGCACUCAGCGGAGAAGCCCAGCAGGCCUUUGGCAGCCUGGAGGCCAGAGACCGGGAGGAUUAUGGGAAAGUAAAGGCAGCCAUCUUGCGCGGUGAAGCCAACCGCAUGGAAACCCUGCGGCAGCACUUCCGGCAGUUCCGUUUCCGGGAGGUGGAAGACCCAAGACUGAUCUACAGCCAGCUGCAGGAGCUUUGCCACAGGUGGCUGAGGCCGGAGAGGCACUCGAAGGAACAGAUCCUGGAGCUGCUGAUCCUGGAGCAGUUCCUGGCCAUCCUGCCUCCGGAGCUGCAGAGGUGGAUCAGGGCAGGCAGUCCUGAGAACUGCACCCAAGCCGCGGUCCUGAUGGAUGAUUUCCUGCUGAACCAGCAAGGGGUCGCCAAGAGCAGGAAACGGCAGGAACCCAUGAACCUCAAGGAGACAGGCGUGUCUUUGGAUGUGGUGGAGGAGACUUUGACACAGCCGAACCAAAGGACCAUAUUUUGGCGUGUCUUGCAGGACAGUAGGAAUGCAGAUGCUUUGGGUAUCCAGAAGAGAAGACCACUCAAGGUGGAGAAUUCUCCCUGUGGAAGAAAUGAGCCACAAGUAACUCCUGGGCCAAACCCAGAGGUGACCCAAGGGAAUUUGCUGGCGCCGGAUGAGAUCCACAAGGAAACACGUGAGGAGAAGAGAAGUCAGAUCAAGAUUGAGGAAAUGCAAGAGGGAGAGAUGGGCCCGGAGGAAAUGCAGGGGAUGCUGGCAGAAGUAACCCAAUGGAACAUACCGGGGACGUCGGAAAUUCAGAAGCAAAGAUGUGACUCAAAUUGGCAGCAGAAGAAGCCAACAGAACAAGAGAAUGAAUAUGGCCAGCACUCAGAGGGUAUUAGCAAAACCAGCCCAGUUCAUGCAGAGGGAAAGAAGCCCUUGUUCUCCAAGUAUGGGAGAAAGUAUCGCUACAAAUCAGGACUUCUUACGGUCCAUACCAGUGAGAACCCUUUUGAAUGUCCCACAUUGGGGAAGAACACCCCACAGCACCAGAGAAUCCAUCUGGGUGAGAGGCGAUACGAACUCUCGGCAUACGAGAGAAGAGAUGGUUUGAUUGGACAUACGACAGAGAGACCUUAUCAGUGUUAUGAGUGUGGGAAAAGCUUCAAUUGCAGAACGUCCUUAGACAGUCAUCAAGGUGUCCAUACCGAAGGGAGACCCUACGAAUGUUCACAGUGCGGAAAACACUUCCGACACCGGCAGACGUUGCUGAAGCAUCAGAAAAUCCACACCGGAGAGAAACUUCACAAAUGUCCCGAGUGUGGGAAAGUCUUCACUUCUAAAGGAGAAUUAAUGAGGCACCAGAGAAUCCACACGGGAGAGAAACCGUACAAAUGUCUUCAGUGUGGGAAAUCUUUCAGACAGAGGGUCCACCUGAUGAGUCACCACAGAACUCACACAGGGGAGAAGCCAUUUAUGUGCCUCGAGUGUGGGAAAAACUUACAUCGGAGGAAUAAGUUGAUCGUCCAUCUGGAAACCCAUAGAACGCAGGAACAUUACGAAUGCCCUGAGUGUGGGAAAAGCUUCAGUCAGAAAGCUAUGCUGAUAAACCACCGGAGCACCCAUGUGGGACUUUGA